CACACAAGUCCUUUACAGUCAAUAUUGUUUCAAACAAAUUCUUUUCCAAUUUUGACACAGAUUUGAGCAAAAUGUCUCCUAAAGGUACUCGCCUUACACACAAAUCUCUCCCGCGACUUAUCAUUCCGUUAGGGAGUCGUCGAAUGGAGCCUGAGGAAAUUACAGUGAGCCGUGUCAAGGACUUUCUAGACUACUGUAUCAAGAAUAAAAAGGCACCUAUCACGCGGCUCCCAGAUAUUGCCUUUAUCCCUCCCCCGGGCACUCCAGGCUCGGGUUCAGGUAGUACAGGAGACCAGAAGAAAGGAAAGGAGCCCGAAAAGAAGCCUAGCAGUCAUGAAGAACAGGAAAAUCCGGAUACUAUCGCAUUCACGGAUUGUGAAUACGACAGGCUAGAGGCGUUGCAAGCACAGCUUGCCGAGGUUAAGGUGCUACAUCAUAAUUUGUAUCACCAGACGACCGUAGACCGGAAUAAUAGGGAGGCAAUGACAAAGUGCAAGAAAGCUAGAGCUGAGCGGGAGCAGAUUAAUAACGAGAUCUCGGAAAUUUAUCGAAAGAGGGCGAUUCGUCGAGACUUUAGACGGGAUGCCAACAACCCUAAGGGAAUAAAGAAUUGGUGAUAGCCCAGGUAGGUGGGCACUAAGGGAUAUUAAUGGGCGGCCAUGGAAAGGGGGCAAGUACGCGAAACCUCUUUCGUUAAUGAUUCUUAUGAUGUUUAUGACUGUUAUGAUUAAGGGUAAAUCAAUUAAAGUCACAUAGGAUGUGACAUUUCUG